UUUUCAAAUCACAAACACAAUCACCCUUCUCCAUUUCCCCUCAAAUUUGCCUCAAAAAUAGCAAAGUAAAAGGAAAUGGAGAUCUCAAAGCUUUCAACCUUUGUUGUGUUCUUGGUUUUAGGUUUAGCCCAUUCUUCACUGGCCCAAAAUUUGCCCAAAGACAUUGUUCUAGUCCACAACAAGGCCCGUGCUGAAGUUGGUGUGCCACUUCCACCUCUAAAAUGGAACGAUACACUUGCUGCUUAUGCCCAUGAAUAUGCUACCACUAGAUUAGGUGAAUGCACAUUGGUGCAUUCAGACUCACCCUAUGGUGAAAAUCUUGCAAUGGGCUCCGGCGAUUUUACAGCGGUGCAGGCCGUUAAUUUAUGGGUAGGAGAGAAAUCGAACUACGAUUAUGCAUCCAACACUUGUAGAGAAGGAAUGUGCGGACAUUAUACUCAAGUUGUCUGGAAAAAUACCCAACAAGUUGGAUGCUCUAGAUUGAAAUGCUCGAAUGGUGAAUGGUGGUUUGUGUCAUGCAACUAUUACCCACCUGGAAAUUACAUCGGCGAGAAACCUUAUUAAUUGAUUAAUUAAUUAAUUA